AUGGCUGAUGAUGAAGAUGAAAAUAUCAGUAUAAAAGGAGAUAUAGAAUGGCAUAUUUUUUCCUCUAAAUCUGGAGAAAGUGACAAAUGGUUUGAAGAAGAAUUGUCUCAACAAUACUCUAAUACU